AUGAUGCCAACAUUAGAUGAAGAUUUUGAAAAGGAUGGUUAUUUAAAAGAACAUGGAACAUCGGAAGAUUUAAACAAAGUGAGAAAUGAUCAAGGCACUGAACGAAAAGUGCCACAAUCAUUUACUGAAGCGUCAACAUCUGGUGAUGAUAAACGAAAAACUUUGAUGAUAUUUCGUUUUCCAAAACGAACUGAACAAGCGGUCAAUUUAGGGAAAAUAUUCGACAAAAGCAUUAUUUUUCGUCAAACAAAUCGACAUGAACUCAAGUUUUAG